AGUGUAUAGCCUAUUAUAGCCCAAAUUAAAAUAAUCUGAUUUUUAAAAAUGAAGAUGUUAAGCUGUUGGAUGAUUUUAGCUCUUGGAAAUCUACUUUUACAGUUUUCAGGUGUACAUAGUCAAGACAACGUUAAUCUUCCUCCUGAAUCUGAGGCUGAUCCAUGCCCUCAUCUACACUCCGCUGAUCCUAAAGUGCGAACGCUAACAUUGCUGCAUGCACAUAAAAAUGAUGUAGAUGGGAGACUCUGUUGCCUUUGCCCAAGGGGAACGUUUUAUGCAGGAAUCUGUAACGUGACAAUACCUCAGUCCGAUACACAGUUUCAUACAACAGAGUGUACACCAUGUCCUGAAGGAACGUACAUGGAAGAUGAGUUACAUAAGAACAAGGCUUGUUCUUUACCUACAAUAACUGAAAGGGAUUGUGGAGAGAAUAUGCAGUUCAUCCCUUCAAUGGCAGAACAUGCACCUCGGUGCGAUUGUUUGGACGGCUAUUUCAAGUUAGAUGAAAACUGUGUUCCGUAUACGCCGUGUGAACAUAAUCAUGAAGUUCACCAGUUCGGAUCACCAGAUUUUGACCAGAAAUGCCGCCUAUGUAGACCGGGUUAUAAAUCCGAAGGUGGUUCUUCACGCUGUACAAUUAUCAGAAAGCCACCUGAAACCACACCUUUAGAACAACCUUCAAUGACAACACCAGUAAGAAUGUCUACAGUUAUAGAAGAAAAACCACAGGAUUUAGUUCCUGGUAAUAAUUUUAAAACACAAGGUGAAGCUGGCACAUCUGAUUUGGUAGUUCGUGUGGGUAUUGGGAUCUCUGUGGGGAUUUUUUUACUUCUUGCUCUUCUGUGUUUCUGUCUUUUUCGAACACAUAAGAAAAAAGAAAAGCUUUCUUUGAAAGAUUCAAACACUUCUGGAGGUUCAUCGGAGUCUUCACCUACCAGUUCAGACAGUCGUUUGAACCAAGUUAUUGUAGCUAAUGAAAAACCUGGUGGUAAAGCUGUCAGUGAUGAGAAAAGGAUUUCAAUACCAAAGCAUAAAAAAGAAAGUGACAGCCAGGAGGAAGCUGUACCACUAAUUGAUCAAAAGCUGCAAAAGCCUAGUUUGGAACACUCUAAAAAAUCAGUAAGUACGAGAGAUGUGCCGCCUGUUCAAUUCCGCUCAAGCGAACAAGGUCUGUUUAAGCGAAGAAGGUUGGCUUCUGAGAACAAAGCUUACGAUAAUGAGGAAGGACGUUUAGUGUCUGAGUAUAUUCAAGAAGAAGUAAUUAACAAAAUUGAAGCUCAACCAAUAGUUGGUACGACAGUUGAAGUUCAGGGGGCAGCCCAUGGGGCGUCCCACAGCCCAUCUCGCAUUGAAAGCCCCAGACAAGGUAGUGCAACAGCUGCGCAGUUAGACCUACAAAAAAAACAAAAAAAAUUGGAACAUAUGGAUAGGUUCCUCAAAGCUGAAAGUUCAAUGCUUAGAGGCCAUUGGAAACGAUUUGGUGACUUGUGCGGUUUGAGUCAAUCUGUUAUAGAAGAAGCUGAGCGUGGAGUUUCAAUAGAGGAAUUCCAGUAUAAUCUCAUUUGCAAGCUGAGACAAACAAAGGGAUCUGACUUCAAUGAAGCGUACAUCAUUAACAGGCUCGAAGCAGCCGAUCUAAUAGCUGUUCGUGAGAAUUUUCAAGCUCACAUGAGAAAUUAUUCUCAAGGUAUUUCAUCUUGCCCAGUCGAGGUAGAAGGAGAUGACAAUCCGUAAUUAUGAUGUCAUGGGACCGUCUUAGGCACUUGAAAGCAGCCACGUACAAUCACCUUAUUGGAAAACAAAUUGAAAAAAAUUACUAAGUUGUUUACGUUGUUUAUCCAAACAUGAUGAUUUUGGAACACUUUUAUGAAAAUUUUAGUAAUCCUUUUUUGAUACAUUUCCCGUUUUAUCGACUUUCUGUCAAUUAUUUGGCUUGUUGAAUUUUCCUGCUUUCUUGGUUUAAGACUUUAAGCUUCGUUGAAGUGAAAAUUGUUCGUCAGUUUGUAGUAAAGGCGAGGUUCAUUGCGUCGGGUGGUUAUGACCCUUUACUUUUUAUUGCCUCUGCCAUUCUUCAUGCGUUCUGUGAAGCUCGCCCAUUGUGGUGAUGAGAUAAUACAUUCUUAACUGAAUUCCAAGACUUUCUAAGCAAAACAUGCUUUAUGUAACAUUACUCCUCUGUAAUGUAACAUUACUCCUCUGUAAAUAGUGUAUCAUACAUUGUCCUGUCCUUUUAUAUUUUUUCUAUUUAAAAAAAUUUUUUUUUUGUGUGCUUUUAUAAAAACUAUGCACUUCAGUGCGAUUGGUGACAUAAUUCAUUAACCAUAUCUUUUUAUCAAUCUUAAAGAAAAAUAUUAGUUGUUAAAAACAAGAUAAAAUUCUGUAUAUUUACAAUGCAAUUGAAUAUUGAUUGGUUGAUAUAUUUUUGAAGUAAUGAAUUGUGCCAACUA